AUGGAAAAGCUUAGAGACACUGGAUCAACCAAUGACAGUGAUGUGUACCUCUGUCCUUUAAAGGAAGACUUCAAAUACAUUCUCCUCCCAGUCAGCUACAGUCUUGUGUUUUUGUUUGGCCUGGCACUGAACAUCACUGCCUUAUAUUACAUUAUAUUCCGAACCAAACACUGGAUGCCCAGCACCAUCUACAUGAUCAACCUCAACGUUUGUGACACCCUUUACAUCCUUACCCUUCCGUUCCUCAUCUACUACUACGCUUAUAAAAACGACUGGCCGUUCAGCGAGCCGAUGUGCAAACUGAUUCGCUUUCUCUUCUACACAAACCUUUAUGGAAGCAUCCUCUUCCUCAGUUGCAUCAGUUUCCACCGAUUCUUGGGCAUCUGCCACCCGGUGCGCUCUUUGCCCUGGAUGAAUGUCCAUUUUGCUUGUUUGGUUUCAGUGGGAAUAUGGGUGAUUUUGCUUAUAUUCCAGGCACCAAUCCUCUACUUCACCAAGACAAGAAAAAAUGGUUUAUUGCUGGUCUGUCACGACACUACCAUCCCGGAGCUCUUCAACGGCUUUCUGGUAUACACCUUCGUAGUCAUGUUCCUGCUCUUCAUCCUACCAUUUGGGGUGGUGAUAGUCUGCAAUGUGUUUAUGGUGCGGAAACUACAGGAACCCAGCAUUGGUGGAAGUUCCAUGUCAAAGCGCUCCAAGCAGAAUUCGGUGAAGAUGAUCAUAAUUAUUCUAAUUGCUUUCAUGAUAUGCUUUCUGCCCUUCCACCUGAACCGCAGUAUCUACUAUACCUACCGUUACCUGAACCAGCAGAAUUGUACGAUGCUACAAAACUCCAAUGUAGCCUACAAGCUCACGCGACCUCUGGUCAGUUUCAACAGCUGCAUCGACCCCAUCCUCUACUUGAUGGUAGGACAGAGCUUCAGAAACAGCAUCAACAAGAAGUCCAAAUUGAGCCAAAGGUGUGACAAUGCCAAAUCUCUCUCAACUUACUGUGUCCUGUCUAAGAAAAGGCAGCAAUGAAAGGACAAAAAAAAAACACAGCAAAAUGAUUAGUCCUCGAUAACAGCGAUUCUCAACCAGGGGGCUGGGCCCACGAUAGAGCCUUAGCAAACUUGUGCGGAAAUAUGGGUGACAUUUGGAUAGUUAAGUGGAAGGCAAGCUUCCAGCGAACAAUGUCUAAUAUUCCAGUCUGUUCCUCACACAACGGUAUCAGAUUGCAUGAGAAGAUUUUAUAUAGUGCAUGAGUUGUACUUCUAUGGUAAUUUUUUUGUUCUUUUUGGAGCAUGUACCAUCUACUUUCAUUGUAUAAAAAGAAAAGAAAAAAAGAAGCCUGGACAGAUGUGACAUGUGACAUUAGUGUGUAGGUGGUGGCUGAAUUUUCAUUUUUGGAUUAACUGCACCUUUAACCCUAGAAUGCAAAAAGGGGGUCAAAUUGACCCGAAGGGGUCUGAUGUUUGACCUUGAUCUUGGUCUCAGAAAUCUUGUUUGUGACCCUCACCAAUGUAAUUUUCAUAUUUCUAGGUCAUAGUUUCAGAAUUUUUUUUUUUAUUUUUUUUAUCACUACUCUAAGACUGCUUGAAGGGUGUCAAAAUGACCCAUAUGCAUUUCCUAUGGAAUUUUGACUUUACAUAACAUUUUUCUACUUUUAAAAAUGUAUGACAGACACAUUUCGAAGCACUGACAUUCAGACAUUUUAAAUUAUAUUUUAAAUCAGCUAGCUAGCAAACUAAUAGAGCUAAUACUUGGGUAGCUAGCACAUUUUAGCAAGUUGGUAAGUUUUGUCUAGAAAUACUGUAUUUUUUAUUUUUUUAAAUAUAUGACAGAUUUUGAAGCAUAGAAAUUCAAAUAUUCUAAAUCAGCUAGCAAGCAAACUACUAACAAGUUAACUAUUAGCAAAAUAAGCAUGCAUAUACAGCAGGGGAGGCUUUGGAAAUGUUCAAUGAGACACCCAUAAUGGCUUUGUAGUCAAAAUAAGAGUAUUCGAAUGACUGUCACUGUAACAAAAUAUUGUAUAGUUGUUUAGUGUUUUAAUGAGAAGCAGAUGAGGUUUAGAACGUUCCAGUGGAGAAAGCUGUCUGCACUAUUAGAUGUUUUGAAUGUGUUUAUGAUAAAUGCUCAGAAAGAGUCGGAUAAGGAAAAGUUGAAAUUAUUUAGAAGAAUACUGAAUUUUAUAUUUAAAUUUUAAAAUAUUAAAAGUGAGCAAAUAAACAUGAAUUAAACAUUUAAACAGUUGUGAACGAUCUAAUUCUUAAAUUCUUGAAGAUAAAGAUAUAAACAGGAUAACUUUUCUUGGUAGAAAUCCAUUGAAAUCAUAGGGGUCAUUCUGACCCUCUUUAUGCACUGUUGUAGUUUUUUUGGGUCAUGCAUUCCACGGUUAAGUAACCUUACAAAAACCAUACAAAGCAGCAAUUCCAUUGAAAGACAACAGGAAUAUAUUUCAGUGUUCCGAAGAAGAAGAUGUGUUUAAUUAGCACAAAGGCAUUCCCACUGGUAGGCUGAGAAGUUAACUAGAGUAGCUCAGAUACAUGUUUUUGUCAGGAAUAAUGUGAUUUAUGUAUCAAGGACCUGUUUCAUCAUGUCUUCAUUGAGACAGAGGAAG